CCCGCUGCGUCCCGGUGGAGGUUGUCGCCGGCGAUGGAGAUGGGUGGCGGAGGCGCAGCAGCGGUGGCGACGGCAGUGGUGAAGCUCGGGCCGGGUCGGCUCCUAAGUCGGGUUGGACAAUCGGGUCGGGUCAUAGGCGGUUCGGCUAUAUCUCACGUGCGUGGCACGCGCCGAAUGUUGGUCCUGGCGAACGAUUCGGUGGCGCCGGAACGAAAACUAGGGCACACGAGACAAUAUACCAUCGGAGGCAGCGGACGAAAGGUAGCUUCAUAAAAGAACGGAAUAAAAGAGAGAGGGAAGGUUCGAGCUCUACUCUUCCAUGGCCUAUCGGGACACCUAGGGAUUUCGCAUCUUCUUCGACCAUCGAAACCACGUUACUUGAGUUUGAUAAAAUGGCGGUGGGAGCUGGUUUGAAGACAAGCCUCAAGAGCAAAGUGAAGGUAUCAGCUGGAAGGUUGAGGGUAGCUGGGGAUGGUACUAGAAUUGUUGAUGGAAAGAAGCAUGGGAACAGAAAUAAUGUGAAACAAAACAGUAAGAGGUAUGAGAAGCAUGGGAGCAGAAAUAAUGUGAAAAAAAACAGUAAGAGGUAUGAGUCUGAUGAGACUGAAACUGAUAGCGAACCUUAUCAGAGAAAUAGAAGGGAUAAGAGUGUCAAAUCAUCUUUAGAGAUAGAUGGAAUUAUAUCUUCUAAAAGACAUAAAGGUCGACGCAAAAGUGGUGAAACGUCUGCUGACAAGCUCAUACUGAAGGGGAAGAAGAUAGAUGGAACUACAUCUACUAAUAGACAUAAAGGUCAUGCUGAGUAUGAAGUAUUGGGAAAAGAUGGCAAGAGUGAAGAAAAAUCGAAUCAAAUUGCUGAGAAGAAGCAAAUUAGGCUCCAAACUCGAGUGCUUGACAGAACUGGAAAGAAGAUGAGGAUUAAUAGAAAGGCCUCAGAUGAUGGCUCUGCAGAAUCAAGUGCUCCACCAAAGAAGAGAAAGCGAGUUAUCAAAAUUGAUCCAUAUGAUAUCUCCAACAAGAGAUUGGACAAUACUGUUCCUAAUAAUGAGAAGGUUGUAGAGAAAAAGAUGGAAAUGUCAAAGAAUGCUCAGUUUCGUGCUAUACAACCAAGCCCCUCAAUCCUCUCAUUUGUGGAAGACAAUCUAUUGGGCCGUAGACGAUUGAAUGAACUACAAAAUGCUGGCUACAACAUCAAGCUUUCUCCUUUAGAUAAUAUCCCCUUCUCAACCAGCAAAGAAAGAGAGCGAAUUGAAGAAAGUGUGUUUAGAAAUAAGUUGGAAUUUUUUGCGGCUGCAAAGAUCUCUUCAUCUUUUCCACCUCCUACGAUUCCAGAGAUAGCAUUUGCAGGUAUAUCAAAUGUUGGAAAAUCUUCGUUGCUAAAUGCACUCACUAGACAGUGGGGAGUAGUAAGGACAUCAGAUAAGCCUGGACAUACUCAGACCAUUAACUUUUUCAAGCUUGCGUCAAAGCUUUGUUUAGUUGAUUUGCCGGGAUAUGGUUUUGCUUAUGCCAAAGAUGAAGUCAAAGAAGCCUGGGAGGAGCUUGUGAAGGAGUAUGUGUCCACACGAGUUGGUCUGCAAAGGGUGUGCCUUCUUAUUGAUACCAAAUGGGGUAUGAAACCAAGGGAUCGUGAGCUCAUUGAUUUAAUGGAGAAGUCCCAAACACCUUACCAAAUUGUGUUAACCAAGACUGAUAUUGUCUUCCCUAUUGAUGUGGCUCGGCGUGCAAUGCAAAUUCAGGAGGACCUCAAGAAAAACAAGUCAGCAGUUAAUCCUGUGAUGAUGGUGAGCUCAAAAUCAGGAGCUGGUGUUCGUAGCCUGAGGACCGUGCUCGCAACCCUGGCUCGUUUUAUUAAGCCAUAGCAUUUGAAGUGAAAUGAUUCAUCUUGAUGGUUGACUGCCAUGCAGUUCACGGAAUGGAAUAAUACUGAUAUAGGUGAAGCAUAUGCUGAAUGAUGGUUCGGAAGGCGAUCUGUGCUGGAUUCUGGACAUGUGUGGAUAUGGCGAGCGGACGCUACUUGUGGAGGACUGUGGUCUCCCCGACUUCUGCUUCUGAAAGGAAGCAGAGCUGAUCCCAACUGGAAGAGGUUCCGCCUCUGCCGAUCUUUUCCUUUCUCUAAUGCUGUUGUAAUAAUGAUUGUUCAAUUCUUACGUGGAAUCAAGAAUCAGGACUAUAUGUAGCUUAGACAAUUAUCCAUUCCAUGCAAAAUUGGUGAUGAAAGAACUUUUUUUAUGCGAGACUUUCGAACAAUUUAGAUUUAUCUUGGUCAGUUUUCAGUAAUUUUA